CAUGAGAAGCUCCCUCCCUUGCCAUUCAUUGCAUUUAAACAAUGAAACAUUAUAGUUUCUUAGAUCACUCGACUCAAGUAUUUAACACUGAAAUUUCAGUUACAAUCGAACCCACUAAGCUUACUACCCUUUAGUGUCUGUAAAUCAUGAUAAACAGUACAUGUAUUCAAGUAAUCUUUUGAGGUUUCAUUUAAAAAUCUCAUCCAUAGGUUUUCUAAAAUCAACGGUUCAAAUUCACUUAAACCUAUUAGUGUUUUGGGUUUUAUGAGUUCAUGUGGCAAGUUUUGCAGCAUUGUUACAGAACAGAUCAGAGCUGUUCUAAAAAAGUUUUACUGAGAAUCUCAUCAAAGAUGUCAUCACUGGCAGGAAGACCGUCAUUGCCAUGGAUGUUAUCUACGCAGUGAAAAGACAAGGCACCUCACUGGAUGGAAGAUGGGUCACGUUUUGGAUUGUUACAUUGGCAUUUGAAUCAACUUGAUAGAUUUAGGGUUUUUAGAGUUUUAUUUGGAGUUAUCAACAUAGCUGCACAGAAUGCUCUGAAGGGGGCUUAAGGUAUCUGGAGCAAUGCUUUAUUGAGACAAGAGGCUCAAAAGAGACACAUUUGUUGCAGGGUUUUCUAUCGUUUAAAAUGUUAAAGCAUUUAGCAAGAAAAGUGUGGAACAAUGGGGGACAUAGAUUAAGCAGAGGUCAUCAAGGUGCCUCUUCCGUCUUUGCAAGGGACAUCCACAGUGGAAAGCAAGCAUGUCAACCAAGAAGCUUUUUUGGUGUGGAGGAUUUUGUGGAUCAUGACAACCCCAAACCGUAUACAUACAUGAAGGCAAAAGUAUCAAAAAACCCAAAUAAACAUAUAUCAUUUAAGCAACGUACAGUUGCCUUUAUGCAGCCCUUCACAUUGGAUGUAUUCAUUUCAAAACGCUUUGUUUCUGCGUCAAUUACACAUAGGGUCACAUCCAAGCAGGUAGCAGUUGCAGGUACAAAUUCCAAAGAUAUCAAGGCUAUAUUACGGUCUAAAGCAGAUAUUCCUGCCUGCUUGGCAGUCGGUCGAAUCUUAGCUGAAAGAUCAAGAGAGGCUGAUGUCUACAGUGCGGUGUAUACUCCCCGAGAUAGAGACAAGUUUGAAGGGAAAAUAAGAGCUGUUGUCCAAUCUCUUAUAGAUAAUGGUAUUGACAUAAAAGUAUAUCUAAAUUAGCUCUAGGAUAUCUAAUGCACACAUUUUAAUUUAAAAUUGGGCCUUGUUUACUAUGCGUAUUUUAGCUGUAGAGAGUUUGUUAAUUAUGUGGACCCUUUUUCAUGUCUGCAUGUACUAAAAGUUGUUCAUAAAGAUUCUCAAAUGUCACAUGCACUCAUUAAUUUAAACUUUGAUUUCUUCUUGUCAA